AUCAAAUACUCUUUAACAAAAGAAGCAAUAGAAGAACAUAAUUUACGUAUGCUAUUCGCAGAUAGCGUAUAUGUAUAUUUUUUUAAAAACAUAUAGACUAUACUUUCUGGUCGUAAUCGAAACUAUGUAAAACAGCUUGUUUAAAUCUUUCGGUUUCGAAAUCAUUGUCUUCCGUAGAGGAAUCGCAUUUCCUUCGUGUAAAAUACGCACACUUAGAUCAUUUCGUUUUUACUGUUUUAAUUACUUUAAUUGUACUUUCUUUAUAACAAGAAUGGCUCUUUUAGAUGUAAGUGGAUAUAAAUAUAAUUCCUCGUCACAGUUUGCCUUUAAGCAAACGCAUCUUCUCGACCGGUCAAAUCACUAUAGUUUUGGGACCAAAUGUCAGGAAUUCGCGGUACCUGUCGGAGUUGACCCCUCUAAGUUUCUGAAAUCAUGCAGUUGUGAGGAUGGCGUUUCCAUAGAUCUGAAUCAUGGCACCACAACCCUGGCGUUUAAGUUCCGUCAUGGAGUCAUUGUGGCUGUUGACUCCAGAGCAUCAGCUGGAAAAUACAUCGCAUCAAAGGAGGCCAAUAAAGUGAUUGAGAUCAACCCUUACCUGCUGGGCACCAUGUCAGGCAGUGCUGCAGACUGUCAGUACUGGGAGAGACUGCUGGCUAAAGAGUGCAGACUUUACAAACUACGUAACAAGCAGAGGAUCUCAGUGUCUGCAGCUUCCAAACUCCUGUGCAACAUGAUGCUGGGAUACAGAGGAAUGGGUCUGUCUAUGGGGAGUAUGAUCUGUGGCUGGGAUAAGCAGGGUCCAGGCCUGUACUAUGUGGAUGAUAAUGGCACACGUCUCUCUGGCCGGAUGUUUUCCACCGGUUGUGGGAACAGCUAUGCAUAUGGUGUCAUAGACAGCGGUUAUCGUGAGGAUAUGACUGUGGAGGAGGCAUAUGAGCUGGGUCGCCGUGGUAUUGCUCAUGCCACACACAGAGAUGCCUACUCUGGUGGUGUGGUCAACCUUUACCACAUGCAGGAGGAUGGCUGGAUCAAGGUGUGUAAGGAGGAUGUGUCUGAGUUAAUCCACCACUACAAGAAGGGAAUGUUCUGAUUACACCUGAUUUCUCAUUCAUGUAAAUCCUACUGUUUUAUUAUUUUAUCUGAAACAGAAAAAAAUAAACUUUUCUCAAAUC